UGUGCGCGCCGCUGUGAUGACCCGACGUCGAUUCUGCUCCGUGUACUAAGGGUCGCUGCUGCUCCGUGCCUGGCCCGCAGUCGCCCACUGUGUUCCUGAGCCACGAGUAUGCUAUCUGUGCGCCCUCGUGGCCGGGACCCCGUACACAUGCGUGAAGGAUGUAUUUUAACAGGCGAUCGAAGAAGAUACACGGCGAGGGAGAGCAGUUAGUGUUGGCACCUCUUAGCCAGGACAGAGCCUGCCAGCAGGACCAGCACAGGAGCUCCAACAUGUGCUCCCACCUGGCUGACAGAUUUGAGAAAAGACCCGCUUGUUCGUCCGCUGGCUACCGCAAGGCAGAUGAUGAGAUGUCCGGGACUACAUCGCAGGCGGAUCUCAUAGAUGCCUCAGCGCGGACGGUGUGGCUCAAUCGGCCUCAAAAUACCAAGUUUUGUGAUAAUCAUGUCAGCACAACAAAGUACGGCAUCUUCACCUUCCUGCCCCGCUUUCUGUACGAGCAGAUCCGGCGAGCCGCCAACGCCUUCUUUCUGUUUAUUGCCCUAAUGCAGCAAAUCCCUGACGUCUCACCCACGGGACGUUACACCACUCUGGUGCCGCUCAUCUUCAUCCUGACCGUGGCCGGGAUCAAGGAGAUCAUUGAGGACUAUAAAAGGCACAAGGCAGACAACACAGUGAACAAAAAGAAGACAACAGUUCUGCGUAAUGGAGCAUGGCAGACCAUCAUUUGGAAGCAGGUGGCAGUGGGAGACAUAGUGAAGGUGACCAAUGGGCAGCAUCUUCCCGCUGACAUGGUCAUAGUGUCCUCCAGUGAGCCCCAGGCGAUGUGCUACACGGAGACCUCGAACCUGGAUGGAGAAACCAACCUCAAGAUACGACAAGGCCUCUCCCUCACAGCUGGUGUUCAGUCUGUGGAGGAGUUCGUGGCUCUGUCAGGUCGGCUAGAGUGUGAAGGGCCCAAUCGGCACCUGUACGACUUCACCGGCACAUUGAGACUGGAUAACCAUAAUCCCGUGCCUCUUGGACCAGACCAGGUUUUGCUUCGAGGUGCCCAGAUCAGAAAUACGCAGUGGAUUGUGGGUAUUGUAGUCUAUACCGGACAUGACUCAAAACUCAUGCAGAACUCUACCAAAGCACCUCUGAAACGCUCGAAUGUGGAGCGGGUGACUAACGUGCAGAUACUGGUGCUGUUCUGCAUCCUCCUGGUGAUGGCGCUGGUGAGCUCCGUCGGUGCAGCCAUUUGGAACAAGCAACACACUGACGAGGCCUGCUGGUACCUUUCCCGUACAGGUGACAUCUCCCUGAACUUCUGGUACAAUUUGUUGACUUUCAUCAUUCUGUACAAUAACCUGAUUCCCAUAAGUCUGCUGGUCACAUUGGAAGUUGUCAAAUUUACACAGGCGCUUUUCAUCAACUGGGAUAUGGAAAUGUACUAUUCGGAGACGGACACGCCUGCCAUGGCGCGGACCUCCAAUCUGAACGAAGAGCUUGGCCAGGUGAAGUAUCUGUUUUCAGAUAAGACAGGCACUCUGACCUGUAAUGUCAUGCACUUUAAAAAAUGCACCAUAGCAGGAAUAACAUAUGGGCACUUCCCAGAGCUGGACUGUGAUCGAUCAAUGGAGGACUUCAGUCAUCUCCCCCCCAGCAGUACCAGCUCUACAGAGUUUGAAGACCCUGCUCUCAUUCAGAACAUUGAAAAGAACCAUCCCACUUCUCCACAGAUUUGUGAGUUUUUGACCAUGAUGGCAGUGUGUCACACUGUUGUUCCUGAACGAGACGUAAACCAGAUCAUAUAUCAGGCUUCUUCACCAGAUGAAGGAGCGCUGGUAAAAGGUGCCAAAAACCUGGGUUUUGUGUUCACUGCGAGAACACCACAUUCAGUCAUCAUAGAAGCGCGUGGGGAAGAAAUGACUUAUGAGCUGCUUAAUGUUCUAGAAUUUUCCAGCAACCGAAAGCGCAUGUCAGUGGUGGUCCGAACUCCGACGGGAAAACUGCGGUUGUACUGCAAAGGGGCGGAUAAUGUGAUAUUCGAGCGCCUACACGAAGCCUCCCAGUACAAGGAGCUGACUGUAGCCCACCUGGAACAGUUUGCCACUGAAGGAUUGCGCACCCUGUGUUUUGCGUGUGUGGACCUGGAGGAGGAUGUGUAUCAGGACUGGCUGAAAGUUUACAACCGGGUCAGCACCAUCCUGAAAGACCGCACGCAGAAGCUGGAGGAAUGCUACGAGCUGCUGGAAAAGAACCUUCUGUUGCUUGGUGCCACUGCUAUUGAGGACCGUCUGCAGACGGGGGUCCCUGAGACCAUAGCCACUCUCAUGAGGGCAGACAUCAAGAUCUGGGUCCUGACUGGAGACAAGCAGGAGACCGCCAUCAACAUUGCUUAUUCCUGUAAGCUGGUGACACAUGGAAUGUCCCUCAUCAUCGUCAAUGAAGACUCUCUGGAUGCGACACGGGCCACACUGGUAGCACACUGCUCGUCCCUGGGGGACUCGCUGAGGAAGGAGAAUGAGCUGGCGCUCAUCAUGGACGGGCAGACCCUGAAAUACGCCCUCUCUUUUGAGGUGCGCCAGGCCUUCCUCGACAUCGCCCUCUCCUGCAAGGCUGUGAUCUGCUGCAGGGUGUCUCCUCUGCAGAAGUCUGAGAUAGUGGACAUGGUGAAAAAGCAUGUGAAGGCCAUCACGUUGGCUAUCGGUGAUGGUGCCAACGACGUGGGCAUGAUUCAGACGGCCCACGUUGGAGUGGGAAUUAGUGGCAAUGAGGGCAUGCAGGCUACCAACUCAUCUGACUACUCCAUCGCUCAGUUCUCCUAUUUGGAGAAGCUCUUACUGGUCCAUGGAGCCUGGAGCUACAACCGUGUUACCAAAUGCAUCCUGUACUGUUUCUAUAAGAAUGUGGUGUUAUACAUUAUAGAGCUGUGGUUUGCCUUCGUGAAUGGCUUCUCCGGUCAGAUUCUGUUCGAGAGAUGGUGCAUUGGCCUAUACAACGUGAUCUUCACGGCACUCCCUCCUUUCACACUGGGGAUCUUUGAUCGGCCAUGUAGCCAGCAGAAUAUGCUGCGCUUCCCACAGCUCUACCGCAUCACCCAAAACGCAGACGGCUUUAACACCAAGGUGUUUUGGGGUCACUGUAUAAAUGCUCUUAUCCAUUCCAUCAUCCUCUUCUGGUUUCCACUGAAAGUCCUGGAACAUGAUACUCCAUUUGAGAGCGGCCACAGCGUUGACUACCUGUUUGUGGGAAACAUUGUCUACACGUAUGUGGUGCUUACAGUCUGUCUGAAAGCUGGUAUGGAGACCACUGCAUGGACAAAGUUCUCUCAUCUGGCUGUGUGGGGCAGUAUGGUGCUCUGGAUGCUCUUCUUCGCCGUCUAUUCUGUCAUUUGGCCGCAUAUUCCCAUAGCCCCAGACAUGCUGGGCCAGGCUGUCAGAGUCAUGAAGUGCUGGAGCUUCUGGCUGGGUCUCAUACUGGUGCCGGCAGCUUGUCUGCUCAAAGAUGUGGCGUGGAAUGCGGGGAGGCGUACAGUAAGGAAGACUCUCCUGGAGGAGGUGCAGGAGUUGGAGGCACGGGCGGUGGACCCCGGUGCUGCCGUGCUCAGAGACGCCAGCGGACGCAGUCUGAACGAGCGCGCCCACCUGUUGACUCGGGUGUUCAGGAAGACGCCCUCCAGCGUGGGCCGGUCCAACUCUGUGCAGCAGACCGUGUCACAUGGCUACGCAUUUUCCCAGGAAGAGCAUGGGGUGGUGUCCCAGUCCCAGGUAGUGCGCUCUUACGACACCACCCGCCAGCGGCCCAGCUUGUAGCAACGCAGCACUUCACGAAAGGGUUGCCAAAGCAACAGCCCACAGAGACUUUUUUACAGGACAUGCCCCUCCCCGGGUGAGCCUGCUGUGGCCUUACUGGACCUUUGAAGUGGACUGGAUUGAGCUGAACAUGGCCUGCGCUGUGCUUAGGCCCUGCUAUAUAUUACCAUGCCUUUCUAGGCAGGACUAUUGUUAUAGGAAUGUGGGUGGGCUGGUGGGAUGGGCACUGGGUGGGGCAGGAGGGAGGGGCAGUGUUUUCACAACAGAAUGGCCAGUCAGUAUGCAGCACGCUGUGACAGAUGGGUGCCAGGAGCCAAUCAGCAUACAGAUCCUGAUGCAAGGAAAUUGGAGGCAGUGAUGUUUCUUUUCUGUAUCACUUUGCAACACACAGCCCUGUGGAUGUUGACAUGCAUGUGCGUUAUUCCUAUGUUUGGAUGCGUGUUUGAAUAUGUGUGUGUGUGUGUGUGUUGGCUAUAUAACUUGCUCCUUAGUGUGUGGCAAGACUCUAUUGUCAUAUUUUUGUGUGCUGGUGGUAAUGACAGUAGACAUGUAAAGGAGAGACUGAGAUCGCAUUUGUGUAUGUUUGUGUGUGGGUGUGUGUGUGUGUGUGUGUGUGUGUGUGCUUUGUUGAGUGUCUACACUUCUCUCUCAUCUGUCUCUUGAGCUUGGAGCCUCUCCAUCAUCAGCAGUGCAGGGGGCGCACUCUAAAAUAAACAUCAAAAACUCA